UCUGCACUGAAGAUGGAUGACUUGGCUCUCCUUGACCUGUUGGAGUGUCCUGUGUGCUUUGAAAAGCUCGACGCCACGGCAAAGGUGCUGCCGUGCCAGCACACCUUCUGCAAGCCCUGUCUGCAAAGGAUCCUGAAAUCCCAGAAGGAGCUACGGUGCCCUGAGUGCAGGACCCUCGUCCUGUGCAGCAUCGAGCAGCUCCCCUCCAACCUGCUCCUCAUUCGCCUCCUGGAUGGAGUCAGGUGUGGACAAAACGUCACCAGAUUUGGCUCGAUCCAGAGGUCAGGGGUCCUGUCCUCCCCCGCCUCCAUCAGGAGAAUCCCCAGGGGGCUGCAGCUGCAUCAGCACCGGCUGGCAACGAAUCCCAGGAUCCACAUGGAAGGGGUGCCACGAGCCAGGGCCCUGUACACCUACCGUGGGCACAACCCCGGGGAGCUGCGGUUCAACAAGGGGGACAUCAUCGUGCUGCUCCGGCAGCUGGACGAGAACUGGUACCUGGGGGAGGUCAACGGGAUCAGCGGUGUUUUCCCAGCCAGCUCUGUGCAAGUCAUCAAGCACCUGCCCCUGCCCCAGCCCCUCGACAGGGCCCUCUACAACCUCGACCUGCGGAGCCGGGACAAGGCGGAAAACAAGGACAGCCUGACCUUCCAUAAGCCAAACACCACCGCCCGGCAGCUCCUGCAGACCUCCAAAACCCACUGGUCCCCUCAGUUUAAAAGCGCGUCCCUGCGAACGGUGUCUCCCAAGGCGAAGGGCGCGGAUUUGCCGGCUUUCCCCAAGGUGCCCGACUCCAGGAGGAAGAGCCUGCGGCAGUUCUCCAUCACCACAGCCCUCAACACCCUCAACCGGAUGGUCCACGCGCCUGCCGAGCGCCCAGCCCUGGAGAUCAGCUCCCCUGUGCUCAUCAGCUCCAGCAACCCCACCGUGGCCACCCAGAACAGCGAGAAAGCCGAGUUCCCCUACAGCACCCCUGUCCAGGUCAGCACCUCUUACUACCCUGCACCAGGACCUCUGGGGCCCUCAGCAGCCAUCAUCACCCUUCCCCACCUGCAGCACCACGUGCCAGCUUACCUGAAAUCUAGUCUCACUGACUCAAAAAUGCCUUCUCUGUACACUUCAUGGACACUGUCGACCUCCUCGCUCUCCUCCCAAGGGAGCAUCUCCGAAAAUGGCCCGAGGCAAAGCAGAAUCCUGAAGCCAGUGCUCACGGUGGGACCGGCGCCGCUGCGGCGUGGCCGCGGCAGCGCCAGGAAGAAUGGAUCCCUGCAGAGGCCGGGGCAGGCAGGGACCCCCGUGCAGAUCACGGGCUCCCUCAGGCGUCCUUCCGCGGCUGCGGGGCGACCUCAGCAGUUCCAGAUUUACCCACACAUCAGCUCCCCGUCACACAGUGUCCCUCCCGGAGCCGGCAUGGAUGAGGCAACGAGGCCAAACUUCUCCUACGAGGCUUCACCGGCGCUUGUGGUCAGGGGAGGGGAGAGUCGAACCCCCUCUGUGUGCAGCUCAGUGAUCCUGGAUGCCAAAGACCCUCCAGUGAAGAGUGAGGCAGCUCCAAAGCCGCCUGCGUCAGCCCCGCCGUCCAUCCUGGUGAAACCAGAGACCUGCCGCAACAGCGCCGAGAAGCAAGUGAAGACGGUGCGGUUCCAGAACCACAGCCCUCCGCCGCCCAAGCGGCACAGCCUGCAGCCCUCGCCGCGCCUGCAGCGCGCCAGGACGGAGCCCGAGGUGCUGCUGCCCGAAGCCGGCCUGGGCCCCGAGCUGCUGGUGCUCUACUCGCCCCGGCUCGGCUCCAGCCCCCUGCACCCGCGCCGGGCACUGCACCCCAAGGCGCUGUCGCUGGACCUGUCGGGGCAGCUGACCUUCCCCGUCAAGAAGAGCUACAGCAGCAUCUCUGCAAACUGA